CAAAUAAUCCUUACCCUUUGUUGCCGGUCGGACUGUGUUUCCUGACGGAAGUGAUGGAAACCUUGACGCACAAAAUUCUGCCCCAGUGCAGCUUCACUGUCUAAACUCCCCACUUUUGUUGUGAUAGUGCUUUUCUUUCUUUUAUCGUUUUUUGGGGGGGUAGGCCGAUGUGACGGACGCUUUGUCACAGGAUGGACGCAGAAUUUGCACAUUUACACGGCCCUGCUCUUUCACUCUCCACAUUGCGACUCUUGGUUCCCCCUAUUCGCCUGGUCUCUGCAGCUAUAUGGCAGACGUUGGAGCUGAAGAUCGUGUCCGACUAUGGACUGCUGGAGGAGUUUGUUUUCAUGGUCACCGAGAUUGUUCCUCAGCUCCUCUCUGCGAGGCAGCGGGCGGAACUUAUUCUGGGCUUAAGAGCACGGCUCAUCCUGGAGCUGUGUCGCACCGAGGACACUGCUGACCUGCAGAUCAUUCAGCCACAUCUGGACCGAAUGCAGAGUCUCAGAUCUCUGUGGGCGUCUGAGACUCAUGAUCCAGAACAGGAGGAAGCCGACUCUCACUUCAUGGGCCUCGUCCAAAACUUACUCCAAGAUCCUGAACAGAGAAAAAACUUUUUCCAGGAUGUCUUCCCAGAAGACUUUGGUCCCACAUAUGACAAAGCCAUUCAGACCCUGAUGUGGCUUUUUCUGUCUAGGCUUGAGAAGCUGAUUCCCUCCCAAACACUCCAGCAGAUUGCCUCAUUACUCACCAACUCCUCGUCUGUUCUGAGUGAAUGUAUGGAAACGUUAACUCAGCCCCAGGAGCUGAAGACUCUGCUGGAUUCCUAUAAAGACCUGAGUCAGUUGGAAGACCUGGAAUCCUGCAUCGUGGACAGCAGCAUCCUCUCGGCUCUCUGUCUCCCUCCCAUGGAUCGAGUUCUGAUUGUCGGCGAACAAACGGAACCUGAUGCAGAGAGCGGACUGGUCUACACCGUCUGCUCAGAGAUGGAGGUGGAGUCUGAGAACAAGGAAGUGUUCGUGGAAGGAGCCGGGAACUCGGACGUGUGCGAGCAGACACAGUGGUUUGGCAUCAGUGAGGACACAAAGACUGAAGUGGUCGCAGCCAGUGGGAGUGAGCUAGCCGAGGGUCAACCUGAAGGCCAGAUCGGAACACUGAUGAUAGGGGAGGACGGUCAGGUGACAGUGCUGGAUAAGGUGGAGAAAAAGCCAGGCAGGCGUGGGAGGAAGAAGAAGUGCCCUGAGAACGAAGGUUCAGGCAGAACCAAGAAGGAAGAUGAUCCAGAUUUUGAAGUUGUGUGGCAAAGACCGGUACGGAAGAACCGGGGACUGAAGAUGAAAGGUUACCUGUCACAGUGGAGGAAAACCACACGGACGCCUAGCACUGGUUCCUCCAGUGGAUCCCAAACGUCAGACCAAAGCAGCGACCUGGACGAGAGAACGUGCAAAGUGUGCGGCCUGGUGGUGAGACAAGCCAAGUACCUGGACCGACACAUGGUCCGACAUUCGCAGGACCUUCCCGUGUCCUGUCCCGCUUGUGCCAGGGUUUUUAAAAGUCUCCGUUGUCUGCAGCAGCACAGAUGUUCAGCUCAGUCCACGAAGAAGAAGCCUGGCAGAAAACCAAAGGUGAAAGAGUCCGAGGCUGACGGAGGGCAGGCAGCAGGAGACGAGGAGCAGGAUCCCAGCUUUGAACCCUCAUCAGAGACAAAGGCUUCCAAAGAUGAAAGCCAAGGAGAAACAAAGGGUAUUCUGGAAGGUCCGUUCUUCUGCCCUCACUGCAGCGCUGAGUUCAAGUGCAAACAGACAUUUCGCUUCCACCUGAGGAACAUCUGCUACACGGAGCAGCAGGUGGAUCCCGACACCACCGAUGGAGUCAAGAGUUGUUUCCGGUGCGACGAGUGUGGCAAGGCCUUCAGAUACAAGUCCACGCUGGAGUCGCACAGACAGACCCACAACCCGCUCUACUGUGAGGUCUGCACCAAACUGGUGCGAGACCCCGAGGCUCUGGAGAUGCACAAACAGUCACACACUCCGUUCCAGUGUAACCAGUGUGACCAGAGCUUCCUGGUCUUCAAGGCCCUGCACAAGCACUACAUCGACGUCCACAACCCCAGUGAGCCCUUCACCUGCACCCACUGUCAGACCACGUUCGCCAGCCUCAAGCGAUUCAUCCGCCAUGAGUGGAAGCACACGGGGUACCAACCGUUCCAGUGCUCCUACUGCACCAAGAGGUUCAGGUCUUACUCUGACCUGGUGGAGCACCAGAAGAAGCACACCAAGGCCUACCCCUACCUGUGCUGGGAGUGCGGCAAGAAAUUCAGGCACGGCGUGACGCUAACCAGACACGUGCAGCGCGUCCACAACACCGGUGAGCCCAUAUCAGAGAAACCCUUACCCACCUUCACCUGCGCCCAGUGUGGGAAGACGUUCACGUCCAGGAGGUGUCUCCUGAAACACGACAACUUCCACCACAAAGGCCUGCGCUUUCCCUGUGAGCACUGCGGGAAAGGAUUCUUUGGUAAAGACGCGCUGGUGAGACACAUUCUGAUCCACACAGGGGAGCGGCCCUUCAAGUGUGACGACUGCGAAAAGUCCUUCAGGUCCUCGGCCGAGUUAAAGAUCCACAGGAGGUACCACACUGGGGAGAGACCCUUCAAGUGUAACAUCUGUGAGAAAGGCUUCGUCCAGUCCUGCUUCCUGACCCUGCACAUGAGAACACACACCGGCGAGCGGCCCUACGUGUGCACGGUGUGUAACAAAGGCUUCUCCAGCUUACAUGGUCUGAAGAGACACCGGAGGCUGGUCCACGCGUAGACCCCGUCAACCCAGGGACCUGCUGGACCUGGAGGAGGGACCAGACCAGCGUCUGCUGAGAGAGGACUGGACGUCUGCUGGUGAGCGAAGAUUCUACAUGGAGGACUGGACUCUUAGCUCGAACUGUGUAUUUGUAAAGUAGUCGAUCUAAAGAUGUAUCUUUGUAUUUUUUACUGCAGUAGCUCUACUUCACCUUUGUACGGCUGAUAAUGAAGCACCUCUCCUCUGGGAUGUUAACUCUUCUUUAAUAAACCCUCACUUUGACUCCA